UUAAGAACAAAUAUAAUUUAGCAUAAAUAUCGUAUCUGUUAUUUCGGGAUAAAAUUAGCGAGCUAAUUAAUUUCAGUAUUUAUAUUUUCUUAUAAAUUUAUUUUAUGUGAAAAAUAUAUUCACGUAAAUAAAAUACAUCAUUUAGUCUAUAAAAGUUCUAAAAGAAUAAUUUUUUUGUUCAGUAAAAAGAAAAUUACACUACUUGCCCCGUAUGUAUAUUUCUUUUUCCUUUAGAAAAAGAAAAGAAAAUAAAAACAUGAAGAGGAAAGAUUCUUGCAUAUUCUGACGUCAGCAUUUUUUAAUAAAAUGGAUGGCGCCAAAAAAUUUAUAAGGCGGUCUAAAUCUGCUCAAAUAAUAUUAUAAUAAUAAAAUAAUAAAAGGAAUCUCUUCUGUUCCCGCCAUUAUAUCUGACUUGAAAACACACACAAAAUCGAGAACAAAAGAAAAGUUUCCCUCCAAAUCAAAAUUUUCCCAGUUCAAAAGAGAAAAAAAAAAGAAGAAAACCUCCCAAUUUCACUGCUUUCACAUACAGAAACAACAAAAAUCUCUCUUUCUGCGUCUCUCUCUGCAACAAUUACACAAACAAUGGAUACCAAAUUUCAAGCCUUACCUCCUCUCAAAAGAUUAAGGCUUUUGCAGCAGCAGCAGCAGCAAGAAGAAGAAGUUGAAGAAAACAAAGAAAAUGAAACCAUAAUCUCCUUGCAGCUUCCAGCAAAGAAGCGAAAGGAGUCUCGUUAUCCACUUCUCCCUGAACCCACCACUACCUACUGUUUACCAGCCAAGAAACGUGUUUGGGCGUUUCAACCUGAUUUCAUAUCAGGUAAUGGUGACCCACUUUCACCAUUUGAUCUCAAUGUUGAAUAUAAACCCUCUUUCGUUGAUCGUGAAACCAAAAAAAUUGAGGAUCAUAGCAAAAUCCCACUUCCUAAUAUUACUCUUCAAGAGCUUGGAAACAGUAAAAUCAGCAAUCAAUGUGAAACGGAAGAAGAAAAUAAGGAAGAAGAAGAGAAUGAUGAUGAUGAAGAUGAUGGGAUCUUAUGUUCUAUAUGUCAAAGCACAGAUGGGGACCCAACAGAUCCCAUAGUGUUCUGUGACGGGUGUGAUCUAAUGGUACACACUACAUGUUAUGGCAAUCCUCUGAUAAAGGGGGUUCCUGAAGGUGACUGGUUUUGUACUCGGUGUUUAAAUUCUGAAUCUGAUAAACCAAAUACGGUCUCCUGUUGUUUGUGUACAACAAAGGAUGGUGCUUUGAAACCCACAACAGAUGGCUUGUGGGCACAUAUUGUUUGUGCAGUUUUGGUUCCUGAAGUGUUCUUUGAGGACCCAGAUGGGCGCGAAGGAAUUAAUUGCUCAAAGGUUCCUAGAAGGAGGUGGGAAGACAAGUGUUGUGUGUGUAAGACUAGAAAUGGGUGUGUCAUUCAGUGCUCUGAACCUAAGUGUCACCUGGCAUUUCAUGUUACUUGUGGAUUGAAUCAAGACUUCUGUUUUGAGUACAAAGAAGGAAGAAAGAAAGAGGGAACUAUUGUUGCUGGGUUCUGCAAAACCCACACUGAAUUAUGGAAAAAGCAACAAAGGACAGGAAAGUUCAAGAUUGUUGCCAGAGAAGAGCAUAUGAAGUAGCACCUGAUUGUCUCAAAAUCUACAUUACUUCUUUUUCUUCUUUGGUUUAGAUUUUAAUUUACUGUAUUUCAUGCUUUGAAUUGUUAUAUGGAAUUGAAUUUCAUAUUGUAGGCUUUUGUGAAUGCAUCAAGUGUUCAUGUUAAAUUCAUAUGCCCCCACAAAUUAAUAAUUAGUGUUUAGGCUUCCAUCUGUGGUGCAAUAAUAGGAAUAAAAUGCGGGCUUUGUGCUG